AAAACGAACUUGCAUAAUCAAUGAAGCACGAUGUUGUCAGAUUCUUCUUCUUUCUUUUCUGCAUCCGCAAUUCCUUAGUAGCUGAUGACACCAUAGAACCAAACCAAACUCUCCAAGACACCGGCCAAACUCUGGUCUCCACCGGGGAAAAAUUCGAAUUAGGCUUUUUCAGUCCACCGAUUUCCAAGAACCGCUACGUGGGAAUAUGGUUCAAGAAUGUUUCAGAUCUCACGGCCGUCUGGGUUGCCAACAGAGGCAACCCUCUCACAGACUCGUCUGGUGUCCUCAAAAUCACCGAAACCGGAAAUAUAAUAAUCCACAGCAACAAAACAGAGGACCCUAUAUGGUCCUCAAAUUCAUCAGCAAAAGACCCCACUUUGCAGCUCUUAAACACAGGAAACCUCGUGGUUAAAGAUGGCAGUAACGGAAACUAUACAUGGCAGAGUUUCGAUCAUCCCUGCGAUUCGCUCAUUGCGGGUAUGAAGCUGGGUAAAGACUUCAUUACUGGUCAAAGUUGGAAGCUAACCUCCUGGAACAGCCUCCAAGAUCCAUCCAUCGGAACCUACACAUACGAAUCAGACCCUCGUAGGCUUCCUCAGGUACUUCUGCUCAAAGGCCAAGAUAUUGCGUACAGAAAUGGGCCAUGGGAUGGUGUACAAACAGGCGGAGACAAUCCUCUCCAGGAAAAUGCGGUCUUUAAACCCAGCUAUGUUGUGAAUGAAACCCAUGUCUACUAUACCUUCGAAAACGCGGACAAUUCCACGGUCACCAGGUUCUGGUUGAAUCCAUCGGGAUCUCCUGGGCAGCUCCGGUGGAACCAAGAGAACGAAAAUUGGGUUAGCAUCUACACGAUGCAGAGAGAUCAUUGUGACACUUUUGCGCGUUGUGGUCCUAAUGGAAUCUGUGACAGCAGUGACAACCGUCUAGAUUGCCAUUGCCCAACUGGUUUUGUUCCAAAAGUACAGGAAGAGUGGGAUGCAAUGGAUUUUACCAGUGGAUGUGUGCUAAAGACACGCUUGAACUGUAGCGAAAGCGAGAGGUUCAAGAAGUUCUCUCGGAUGAAGUUGCCGUACAAUUCGGAAUUUACGGUGAACGGAUCGGUGGUGAGGAAGGAGGAUUGUGAGUUGAUUUGUAGGAGAAACUGCUCUUGUGUGGCUUAUGCUGUGGCUUGGCUUGCUGGCUGUGUAAUCUGGUCUGCGGACUUGCUUGAUAUGAGACAUUUCAGCGAUGGUGGACAAGAUCUGUAUAUUAGAAUGGCUGCGUCUGAAUUUGGUAAGCAACAUGUACCUAAUACUUGAUGGACUGACGACAAAGCGGCGGACGAACGGUGUGGAGAUCG